AGGCUGGGCUGAAGAACAACGACACAGCCACAGCCCAGCCUCAGCCGGACAAGGGCAGAAGGGAGGGAGCAGGGAGGGCCUGACCUGAGGCCCAGGGUGCCGGAGCUGGCGGGAGCCGAACCCAGAGCUCCCGCGGCCAUCCCUUCCCUGGGCCGGGUCAUGCGCUGCCCCAAGUGCCUUCUCUGCCUGUCAGCGCUGCUCACGCUCUUGGGCCUCAAAGUUUACAUCGAGUGGACAUCGGAGUCUCGGCUGAACAAGGCCUACCGGGGACCCCACAGCACCCUGCCAGGCCCCACAUCAGCCAGCCCCGAGCCCACCCUGCCUGCUAACCUCUCGGCCCGUCUGGGCCAGACUGCCCCACUGCCCUCGGCUUACUGGAACCAGCAGCAGUGGCGGUUGGGGGCCCUGCCCAGUGGAAACAGCACCGAGGUGGGGGGAUGCCGAGCUUGGGGGACUGCUGCUGCCGCUGAGAUCCCUGACUUCACCUCCUACCCUGAGGACCUCCGCCGCUUCUUGCUGUCAGCAGCCUGCCGGAGCUUCCCACGGUGGCUGCCUCGAGUUGGCAGUGGCCAAGUGGCCAGCUGCGAGGAAACUGACAUACCUUAUCUGCUGUUGGCUGUCAAGUCGGAACCAGGGCGCUUUGCAGAACGACAGGCUGUAAGGGAGACCUGGGGUGGUCCAGCUCCUGAGAUCCGGCUGCUCUUCCUGCUGGGGUCCCCCGUGGGUGAGGGGAGCCCUGACCUAGGCCCCCUUGUGGCCUGGGAGAGCCGUCGCUACAGUGACCUGCUGCUCUGGGACUUCCUGGACGUCCCCUUCAACCAGACACUCAAGGACCUGCUGCUGCUGUCCUGGCUUGGCCACCACUGCCCUGGCGUGAGCUUUGUCCUGCUAGCUCAGGAUGACUCCUUUGUGCAUACCCCUGCCCUGCUGCACUACCUGCGGGCUCUGCCACGCAGUUGGGCUCCAGGCCUCUACCUGGGUGAGGUCUUUACUCAGGCCAAGCCCCUCCGGAAGCCUGGAGGACCCUUCUACGUGCCCAGGUCCUUCUUCGAAGGUGACUACCCGGCCUAUGUCAGCGGGGGUGGCUACGUCAUCGCUGGGCGCCUGGCACCCUGGCUGUUGCAGGCGAUGGCCCGUGUGGCACCGUUCCCCUUCAAUGACGUCUACAUCGGCCUGUGCUUCCGUGCCCUGGGCCUGGUGCCCAGGGCCCACAAAGGCUUCCUCACAACCUGGCCAGCAGACCGCAAGGCUGACCCCUGUGCUUUCCGUGACCUGCUGCUGGUGCGGCCCCUCAGUCCCCAGGACAGCAUUCAGCUCUGGAAACAUCUGCAGGACCCUGAGCUCCAUUGCUGAGCCUCAGUGGGGACUUAAGGGGAGGGUAGACCUGGCCUGGGCCCUGGGCAGGUCCUUGGUGCCUGCCCCUUGCACAGCCUCUCCUGUUAGGUCUUGGUGUGAAGGAGGAGGUCCUGGAAUCCCAGCUGUUUGAGCCCCUACUGGGCCUGCCCAGGCUAUGGGACUGGGCAGCGGAAGGCGGAAGAUUGUUGUCUACUUUUUAUUUUUGAAAAAUAUGCACUCCCCAUUCUGAGGCCUGGAGUUGUCUUUGCACUGUGGGUCCCCCUGAGACACUGACAGAGCAGAACUCAGCCACACCCUGAUCUUUAUACUAGACAUCUUCCCCACCCUUACUGGAUAGGGCCAGCUCCAACGGCCUCCUCAUCACACUGCUGGGGACAGGCUUGCCUCAUGUUAUGGGAGAGCGGGAGUCCAUCUUUGGAGGACUCUACCCCCCUCCUGUCUGCUGAAGCUGGCCUUACAGCUUGCAAAAGUUUCCGGGGGAAGUAGACAGCUCAACGGC